AGGAUUGGGGUUCUCUAUUUGUCUUUCUCUUCCAGCGUCCUUCUUCCUUCUUCCUUCUUCCUCCUUGGUUCAUAGUUUAUAUUCUAGCGUGUCAGAUCCAUGGCUGCCUGAACAUCGCUCCGCUAUCACUUGAUUCACUUCUCCGCUGCAAUUCUCUCCAUCCUUAGUUUCUCUUCUCUUUGAAUUUACAGAAAUCUAAUCGAAGAAGCCCCAAAAUCCCAAAUCAGAAUUCCCAAACCCUAAAAUUUUCGAUCUCUCUUAGUCAUCGUCGGAGCCAGAAGCCGACUAAUUCGAACUCCAAUUCCAGUAAUGUCCAAUCUGUUGGGGUUUUGUUCCCUCCCUGACUCAUUACUUCACCAAUAUUCCCUUCUGGUUUUGGUGCUGGCCCCAAUGGAGCUUCUGCUGCCCAGUUUGUUAGAGCAGAAAUGCUUCCUAGUGGUUAUCUGAUUCGACCGUGUGAGGGUGGAGGAUCAAUCAUUCAUAUUGUUGACCACCUGAACCUUGAGGCUUGGAGUGUGCCGGAAGUGCUGCGACCGCUUUAUGAAUCGUCCAAAGUGGUAGCACAAAAAAGGACUAUUGCGUGCUGCAGUGCCACGAUCCCAGCUAAGCUUUGCAAGAGGGAAAGUACCAAGCAAUUCCACAAUUCCAAGAUCAAGUUUCCAUUGAACUCUGAUGAAGCAUUUAUGUCAGAUUAUGUUUUAAUCCUCAUUUUAGAACAAGUUCAGUCUGGCAAGGCUUCUGAUAAGCUGCUGUUUACGUACUUCCCUUUCCUGGUGUUUUGGCCAUACUACAUGGGCUGUUGACAACUUCCAGGACGAGUAGUUCAAUGAUUGGCAAGAGACCUAUGCUGGGCAGCAAAAAGAAGGCUUGAGAUACACAACUCACUGACUCAGACUUUAUAAUUCUAUUGUCAUUUUGGGAGUUUUGUAUUUGUCAUUUUUUCUGAUUGAAAUGCUCAUUGUGUUUGUGACCUCAAUCUUUUGAUGAAACUAAUCUUAUUAAUGAAUGACAGAUUUAUUCCCAAGGAUUUGUUGGUAGUUCCUAAGCCGAUGACAUUAUAAUAAUAUAGUUGGAAGAACAACACACAUCCAGAUAUGUACUUUGCUUUAUUCUGCUUGAACAACCGCACACUUUCUAAUAGAAAUUCAAAUGAGAAACUUGCCCAGUUCAUACUUCUUAUAUUCUUCAGAUUCUUCAAUGCAAGAAGAUACUUCAGACUUCAAGCAUCUGCACAAAUAGCAAACAGCACUCUCUGAGUCAAAUUGCAGUGGAGCAAAAUUGUUCUCAAGUUUUCAGUCAGGGAAGAAAGGAACUCCGUAAUGUAUACCUUCAGUUAAUAAUUAUAGGGUUACAGCAUCUUCUCUUUCGCCUCCUUGCCUGCACUCCUCAAAAUCCGCUCUGUCUCUAGGUUGAAUUGUGCCUUUACCUGGAUACGAAGCCUUGCGCAACCGAGAUAGUUUCUGGUCUUUAGGAAUUAGGGUUUAUGUCGUGGACUAUAAGUUGUGGGUUAUAACUUACGAACGAAAUUGAUUUAUCUAUAACUAUUUUUUUCCCUUUUCCAUUAACAUAAA